AAAAUCUCCGAAGGGUAAGAUUUAUUACUCCUGCUCCUGGGAACCGAAAAGCUUUCAAUUCUGAGCCAUAGAAUCAUCUCCCAUGGCGGAAACUCGGAUUCUUCAGUAGAGAAGACGAGAGUAAUCCGGAAUCAAGAGAAUGGCGUCUGUGUCGACAUACUUCUUCGCCUCUCCCAGGUUGUCUCACCCGCCAUUUCUAUCGUUGAAGCCUUUGAUUCGCCUUAAAUCUCCCUAUCGUUAUCAUUUUCCCGGAAAUCGGACGCUGGUGUUUCCCGGAACUCGCCGGAAGUUUACGGGCCCGGUUCGAGCAGCGAGUAUCGAUAAGGCGAGCGGCGGCGGAAUCAGGCCCGGAGCGGUGGUGGAGAGCGACAAAUUGCCAUCGGAUGUGCGGAAGCGAGCGAUUGAUGCGGUGGAUGAGUGUGGCCGGAGAGUCACCGUCGGCGACGUUUCCAGCCGAGCUGGGCUGAAGCUCACCGAAGCUCAGAAAGCGCUUCAGGCUCUCGCUGCUGAUACUGAUGGGUUUCUAGAGGUCUCGGAUGAAGGUGAUGUGCUUUAUGUCUUCCCGAGGGAUUAUCGAUCAAAGCUUGCUGCCAAGUCAUUUAGGAUGAGGAUUGAACCAUUGCUUGAGAAGGCAAAGGGGGCAUUAGAUUAUUUGGCUCGUGUUUCUUUCGGAACAGCACUUAUUGCUUCCAUAGUUCUUGUCUACACUACAAUUGUUGUCCUUCUUUCAAGUAGAAGCGAGGAAGAUAACCGUGGAAGACGACGUGGACGCGGAUAUGAUUCAGGAUUCACUUUCUACCUUAGCCCCGCUGAUCUGUUUUGGUACUGGGAUCCCUACUACUACAGCAGGCGGCGAUCUCGAGAAGAUGAUGGAAAGGGAAUGAACUUCAUCGAAUCUGUUUUCUCGUUUGUGUUUGGAGACGGAGAUCCAAACCAAGGAAUUGAAGAAGAGAGAUGGCAGUUGAUUGGGCGGUAUAUCGCUUCAAGAGGAGGUGUUGUUGCAGCAGAAGAACUUGCACCAUAUCUCGAUGUGUCAUCUCCCAAGGAUUCUGUGAGCGAUGAAUCGUACAUCCUACCUGUCCUCCUCCGAUUUGAUGGCCAACCCGAGUUAGACGAAGAGGGCAAUAUUUUGUAUCGUUUCCUGUCCCUACAACGUACAGCUUCUGGUUCUGGUAGAAGAAAGGAAUAUGUGGGAAGAUGGUUUGAUUGGGUUGGUGAUAUGGAUAAAUUCUUCAAAGAGAGGAAAUGGCAAUUUAGCAAAACUAAUGCAUCCGAGAGAGCAAUGGUAAUCGGUUUAGGUGCAAUUAAUCUCUUUGGAGUUAUUGUUCUAAACACAAUGUUGAAGGAUAUGGCUGUUACACCGAGUGGAUUUCUUACGUUCGUCAAGAACAUAUAUCCGUUACUUCAGAUAUAUGCAGGUUCUUUCUUUGCAAUUCCUUUGGUUCGGUGGUUUUCAUUGAAGAGAAAGAAUGCUCAGAUAGAGAAUAGAAACCGAGCUAGGCUACAGUAUGCAAAGGUUCUUGAAUCCCCUGAUAUUGGACUUCGGCGUAAGCUACUGAGUGCAAGGGAUAUGGCUCAAAGCACGGUCAUAGGUCAGGAGAGGAUUGUGUACAGUACAGAUAAAGACAUGAUUGAACAAGAUUACGAGUCCAAAGAAUGGGACAGGAGAUUUCGGGAGAUGGAAAGAUCCGAUUAAAAGGUUGCCAGAAAGAAACAAUAUAUGGGAUUUUACCAAAUUGAGAUUGGAACAUUGUGCUGUUGUGAUGCAUUUUUACCUUCAUACUGCAGUGCAGAACGGUGUAGAGAAACUCGCUCGGAGGGUCGGAUCAGGUCGGGUCGCGUUCCUCGGUCGACUAUAUAAAACCGCGGUCCGCAUUCUAACCCAUUCUUCUCCCUAAGAUACAUACAUAUAUAUAUAUAACAAUACAUGGUUUUAUAGGUCUUAGCUCUAGAAUUGGAAAAAUCCUAAGACCAAAAUAUGGUCAUGCUUGAGAGAUACAAAAUGUAACAAUGGGACUAUUUGUACAUUAUUGUAAAAAAACAAGAUUUUAAAUUCUUGUAUCCCCGUUUCUAGAA